AUGAACAACCAAAAAUCACUCCUCGCUCCGUAUUUCCCUCAACCCGAAACAUUUCACUUAUCGGAAAUGUUUCGGCUCUUAACUGAUAAUUCAUCCAUUUGUGGUUCUUUUUUAGAACCACAAAAUUCAUUUCCUUCACCUUUUGCCUUUAAUCAUUACAACCCGGCAAAUUACUCUCCUGUUUCGACCGAUAUUCCUGCUGUUGUUUCAUUCUCUGAUGUUAUCAAGAAGCCACCAGAAACACCACCGGUUCUUGAUGGAAUUGGUGCUGUUGUAGGCCAACAAGUUCUUUUUGGUACGACCAACAACAAGAAUUCUGAAGUAUCGGAUUUUGCUACGAUUUCUCAGCGUAUCGGGUCAAAAGGAAGUAAACAAGAAAGUGGCGCUAAGAGGAACAGUGUUAAUCGUGGGGUUCCAAUGCAAAAGACCUAUAGAGGGGUGAGAAAGAGGCCAUGGGGGAGGUGGUCGGCUGAGAUAAGAGACCGUAUAGGGCGGUGCCGCCACUGGCUUGGAACAUUCGACACAGCCGAGGAGGCAGCGCGUGCAUAUGACGCUGCUGCUAGAAGACUUAGAGGUGCAAAAGCAAGAACUAACUUCGAAAUUCCUCCUGUUUUGCCUCCUGUAUCUUCUACUUCUCCUUCUCCACCAAGUGCAUGUUCAGGUUCAAGUUUUAAAAAUGCAGAAGUGAAGAAGAGGACUAGUAAUUCUACCAACAACAAAAUGAUUGGUGGUGGUGUUAGAAAGUGUGCAGUUGUUACUUCUGUGGCACAUUUGUUUAGUGAUUUUGAAGGGAAAGGGACUAAAGUUGGUGGCAAUGUGGAGCUUGGUUUGAAGUUGGGGACGGGGUUUGGUGGUCCUCACGGUGGCAACGACAAUGCUGCUGGUGCUUCUCAUCCAUCUAUGGUGGUCUAG